AUGAAUGUGCAGAGCCGGAACAAAGGCGACUCGAAACGAGACAAGGAUACUCAGAUCAGUUCGGUCAAGAGGCCAUUCGAUGUUGCGUUUCUGAUGUUGCCUGAUGAAAAAGUGAACAACGAUGCCAGUAAAGUGGCCAAGAGUGAGAAGACCGCCGCUGUUUACUACGAAGAUGACGAAGACGAAGAAAUCGACAUCGAGAAUUCGACGUGUGAGUACAAAAACGUCUCCCAAAAGCUGUAUACUCAGAAGCAGCAAAUUUUCGACGACCCAGCCCUUAUCAAAAGCAAAAAGGUAGAUCCUCUACGCGGCAAGUUGUCAUCGUACGAUCAGAAAAGCGCUUUCACGAAAGUGAACCUUCCCAAAGAGGCGAGCUUGUCGCCCAAUCUUUCCCUAAGUCCAGACGUUAACUACCAGCACUCUUUGAGUCCGUCACCCCCAAUUAUUAACCGAACAUAUCCCAACUUUGCGUCCAACAUCCUCCCGCCUGGUCAAAUAUUCAAGACAUCAUAUCAGAUGCCGGAAAAUAUUCCGGCACACUCGGGAGUAUUAGAGUCUCACUUCCUCGGGAAAUCUACCGAAUUCUUUCAACCGAACUUUCAUAAACUGAGAUCAGUCAUGUACCGGCCGGAGUUACCUUACGGAUAUCAAUUCCCAAACCAGGAAAUUCUUAACGUUGUGUCUCCCACUGAGGUAAAGUUCCCCAACGAGAUGAGGAGCCCGACGUCUGCUAUGCUGACUUCUCUGCUGCCGCCUUCGUUGGCGGCUCUGUCGGUGCCAGCUCAAAAUGUCUGCGCCAAAUGUAACAUAACUUUUAGAAUGACGUCAGAUCUGGUGUACCACAUGCGAUCUCACCACAAAAAUGAAGCCGGUGACCCGAACAAGCGAAGGAGGGAGGAGAAGCUUAAAUGCCCGGUUUGUGCGGAGUCAUUUAGGGAAAGGCAUCAUCUGACGCGGCAUAUGACUGCGCAUCAGGAUAAGGAUGAAGACGACAAAGGUGUCAUCAAAAAUUGCGCCUAAACAUUGUUACCGCGAUGUCCUGAAAUGUUAUUAUUUUUAUGGGGUAAUGUUUUGUUGUUUGUAAAUAUGUACAUCUGUAUUAUAUGAAUUUUAUUUGUUAUAUCGCUUCAGUUGUUAUGUGCAAUAUAAUGUACCGUAGAGACGGGGUUGUUCCGACCACUAUGUAAAUCAUAUACAUGUGCAAG